CAAUGCAAAGAGAGUGUGAUAGGAAGAGAGAAACGCAUUGUGUUACCUGGCUCGGUCUGUGCGCUGGUCCCAUCGUAUAGCCGCUCAAACGUCUGUUACCUGCGCAAGCGAAUGGUCGGUUUAAGUGGUCGAGUCUCGUGUUGUGCACCGUUCUGCUACAUGUGUGAACUGGCAUUGGGCUUGAAGUCAAAAUCGGAGUCAAAUCAGACAUAGCCGCUGCUGAUUGUGUCUCGACUGUGAUCUCGUGCGAUUCUCGUGAUUGGGGGCGUAUCAAAGCUCAACAUAAAACAUCAAAACCUCGCCGCGAGCCGCUAACGAUGCGAAUGAAGCGCCGGAAGCUGCUGGUCUACUGGGCGGCCCUGCAGGCCAGUAGCAGCAUAUUCACCUACUUGUUGCUUUUGCUGACACAACAUCAAGCUUUGGGUGGCAUUGUGCCGCCGCCCUGGAGUGACCCGGCAAAAAACCCGUGUGCCAGCAUGACCGGCGGCUGGCAGCUGCUCUACUGGGCACCGCUAAAGAAAUGCUUUAAGAUCUUCACACUUGGCUAUCCUUGUCCCGACACUAUGGAACUGAGUCCAACACCAACAAGCGCUAAGAGGAAAGAUGUUUCCAUGGCGGAGUGUCGCUGCCCACCAGGUACCGCGCUCAGUGCGGUCACGAAUGCUUGCCACAAACUUUACGAACGCGGACCCUGUCAGCACGGCGAGUACUUCCAGCCCAUACCAGAGCAGCUUAAAAGAGCUGACAAUCGGUGGGGCAGCUGUAAACGCCCACUUCACUGCAACGAUGGAAUGCUUUUCUGGCCAAAAGACGGCAAGUGUUACCCCAAAUACUCGAAGGGUCCCUGCAUUCGAGGCAAGCUGCUUGCACGGAACGAAGACGGUUUGGCCGAGUGCCGCUGUGAGCAACAAGGAGAGUUGCGACCAUACUACUAUGUAGUAGAGGAAUCGUGCUACGAGCACUACACUAUAGGACCCUGCUCAACACCGGGUCACAUAUUUCUACCCGGUGGCCGCUGUGAUUGCCAGCGACAUUUGCCUCACUACCACGCACCACACCAGAUGUGCUACGAGCUUGACACUCCAGGCCCUUGUCUACCUGGUCAUAUCUUUCGUGUACCCGAUGAUAUUGAGGUAGGUCAAGAGGACAUGCAGAUCGUGUCACAUGCCAAGUGCAUGUGUAAGGAGGGAUAUGUACCGUGGGCCGACGGUCUUUGUUAUCGCCUCUAUACCCGUGGACCUUGUGCAGCUAACGAGUUUUUGAUCAAUCAAACCUCGUGUGUACGGAAUUUCUGUGGCAAAAAUCGGCUCUAUUUCCCUGCCGAGGACUCAUGCUACAGAAUCGGUUCACAGGGACCGUGCUCUCUGCACCAAGUAGUGGUCUUUGAUUUUACGGCAAGACCAUCUCUCGACGGAAUUUCCUACAACGGCAUAUGCGGCUGUGCGGGCGUCAUUACAAACUUGGACCAGCAGUGUUCAACCAGCAGCGACCAGGAGAAGAGCAUUUGUGAGGCUACGCCCGGAAUGGUUGAAAUGAAUGGCCAGUGCCAUAAGCUUUACACGCGAGGACCUUGCGGUGCCGGUCAAUGGCUGGAGCCGCUGAAAACGCAAACAACUAAUAGCACUACACUCUUGGGAUUUGCCAGCAAAGCCAAAUGUGUGUGCCGGCCAGGUUACACGCCAGCCGAGAGAGAACACGGCGGAACGCACAGCUGCAGCGCACCCAGCGUAAGCCUGGCGAGGUAUUUAACCAUCGAGCGUCGUAACUCGAAUUUCCUCACUAAACAACCCACUUCCGACCCCAGCAAUAGUGUUGCCUUGUUCUAUCCUUUGACGAGCUUUUAAAUCGAAAAUGGAUUUGCGCUGAUUCCAUACUAUUUGUUAUCCAAUUGUCAGCGCAUGUCUGUUCUACUUAAUUAUCUAUGAUUUUCCUAAUCUGUGAACCGAAGUUCUGGAAGACCUACGAUUGUAUAUAAGAUCUAUCGAUUUAAUCGUUUCAUUUCCUUUUAGGUGGUUCUUAGAUAUAUUUGGCUAACGUUCGCAGCCAAAGUUUGGCUUUAAAAGGCGCCAGGGUGGGAGAUUGUGCCAUGAAUGUAUUACUCCAGCAACUGUAUAAAUGUUUAAGUAAACUGUAGAUAAUAUAAAUAAAUAUUUUUAUGUAAGUCAUCUUCGUAUGACAUGACCGUCGACUCUACUUGACUU